ACCCACGCGCGGCCAAUUGGCGCGCCGGGAUUUGGGGGGCAAAGCGCGGCCCCGCGGGCAGUUGCGGCGGGCCGAGAGCGUGACUCGCCCGCUCCGGCGCUGCUUGCUUCUCGCCGCCCGCGCUCUGCGCAGCCAUGUCCGAGGAGAAGCCCAAGGAGGGAGUAAAGACAGAGAACGACCACAUCAACCUGAAGGUGGCCGGGCAGGACGGGUCUGUGGUCCAGUUCAAGAUCAAGAGACACACUCCACUGAGCAAGCUGAUGAAGGCCUACUGCGAGAGGCAGGGCUUGUCAAUGAGACAGAUUAGAUUCAGGUUUGAUGGGCAACCAGUUAAUGAGACAGAUACCCCAGCACAGCUGGAAAUGGAGGAUGAAGACACCAUUGACGUGUUCCAGCAGCAGACAGGAGGCUCUUGGGAGACCAGCCCUUGCUUGGGGUGCCUCCAUCCUCACAUCUGCUAUUGAAUAGUGAACGCGUGACCAUCCGAGUCGCAAAGGAGCCCGAAGCCGAGAACAUUCACCGAAAUUACUUUCCUCCCUCUUUGUACUGCAGCUCAGAACUCCAUCUGCAGCAGUGAAUCCACAGCUUAGGGCUGGCCAAUCACAGUCAUAUCUUGGUUCAGAUAGAACGAGUUGCGAGGUUUCUUGGGUUGGUUUUUGUUUUUCCCUCUUUCUGUAACAUUUCCCCCAACUUGUGGCCUGAAUGUCCACUUUUAGUCUGGGUGGGGAUCUUCUCCCAGGCAUUGAUCCCCUGCCCCCACUGCUUAUUGCAGUCAUGUAGAGAACUCACAUCACCACAGUGGGGGGCUUCUGUUGGACUGAGUGUUGGGGGCAUGGUGGGGAAGGAAGAAACUUUCACUUACACUAUUUCUUGUAGGCACAGGUUUUUAAAAUGCUAAUGUUGCAAAUUAUGUUUUGUCAGAAUAUGGUAAAGUUGAAGGGAAAUACUGGAACACUUUUUAAAGAAUAAAAAGAAAAAUAAGUCCUUCAGGAACAUGGCCCUGGGCACUGUGCUCCUUGUACCCCCAGGGGCAGGGUCAAAGGCUCAGGACCCAUGACCACCCAUUGCCCUGCCAUGUUGUGUGGCAAGCCUGGUGUGGCUGAAACUGGCUUAUCCCUUGAUAUGGAAGAAAGCAACUCCCACAUUUCCCGCUUGAUAUUAGUACUGUGGCCUCAGAUUUCUUCUAGUAUUUGCUUCUGAUGAAUAAUUAUGGUCUAUACAUAAAAAGGUAAGAUUUAAGUAUUGCUGAAUUUGCAGUUUUGUGUUAAGAGCUAUUUGAAAGUGUGGUUACAAAUGAAGCUCAUGGAAAAAUGACUUCGUCUUCUCAUGGGCUUGUGCUAUGCUGCUUUCCAAACAGGUAUGGAAUUUAUGCAUUAGUAUGUGAUUUCAGUUCUGUGAAGCAUUUUGGGAUCUGUACCAAUUAACCUGAUAGUUCUGCUGUCCACCUGUGUGGAUCCACUGAUGGUCCUCCUCGGUUGUUCUAGUCACCUGCACAGUGACCAUGAUCAUCAUCUCUUGCUUGCCUCAAAUCUUGCUCAAGAUGUUUGCAUUUCCUCUGUUGUGCUGUUUGGGUGUGGGUGGGAUGUCUGCUGGCUCUCUUGUGUUUAUUCACCAAUUUGUACAUUAUUUGUUGUCCUUUACUACUGUAAACAGUAAAUAUAGUUUGAUAUUCUGUCUCUUGGCUUGUAUUAAAUACUGCAUUUGGA